CCUAAGGAUAGUUUACAUGAAGCCAAGGUGACGAGUUAUUUUUAUCGAUUGACAGUAAACCGCGGGCUUAUACUAAAGAAUUCAACUUUAUUAUUCAUUAGAAGAUAUGACCACCGCAUUGACAAUGUUUCCAACCCCUCGCCCGGCUAGUGCGGCCUCAGAGAGAAGUCAGAAAACCAUCGCAAGUGACUAUAGUAAUGACUUCGGAUCUCAAAAGAAAACGGGUCCUUAUUUGGAGGGGAACCUGAAAUUGCUUGAAACUUUAGAAUGUCCAGCUGAUAUAAUGUGUUGUCGAUUUAGUCCAUCAGGAAAUCAUUUAGCUGUUGGUUUAUGUGAUGGAACCAUCAAGAUCUACGAUGCCAAUUCAUAUCACAUACUCUACAGUUUAUCUGAUGAAGAUACAACAGCCAAUCGACUACCAGUUACACAAAUCAGAUUUCGUCCACACAAACUAGGAGAUAAACCAGAAUAUGGCAACAUCCUUAUUGCCUCCUAUGCAUCUGGUAACAUCAAGUUCUGGCACUACACUUCGGGUAAAUGUUUAAAUACAGUAAAUGAGAAACGACAAACUUUAGCUCUAGCUCUAAAUCCUGAUGGCUCACAUAUAGUUUCUGCUGGUGCUGACCCUGCUAUGCAUAUUUAUGACUUAGAAACAAAACAAUGUAAGAGAACUUUAGAACCCAGUGAUUCUCGAGAUAAGAUGGAUGGUCACAGAUUCCGUGUGUUUGCACUACAGUAUAAUCCUAAUCAUCCCAAUAUCUUUAUCUCUGGUGGUUGGGAUGAUACAGUUCAGUACUGGGAUGAUAGACAAGCACAUGCUAUUAGGCGAUUAAAUGGUCCUCAUAUUUGUGGAGAUGCAUUAGAUAUAGAUCCAGUACAUAAUCAUAUAUUAACUGGAUCAUGGAGAAAACAUAGAGUGCUACAGAUAUGGGAUUUUGCUAUGGGUGUUAAAAUAAAAGAUGUACCUCAAGAUGCCCUGAACUCCAGUCAGCUAUACUGUGCUCAAUGGCUAGGUAAAGACAGUAUUAUCUGUGGUGGAACUGAUCAUAAUAUGGCUAGAGUUAUUGAUAGAGGAACUUUAAAUACGACAGGUCAGUUAGUAGAUUUACCUCAAGGUGUAUAUUGUAUAGAUAAUGACCGACAGAAUAUACCACCUAAAAUAGCCAUUGGUACCAAUCGUCACAUCUUCCUGGUUAGAAACGAGAAGAAACCGCCAUCUUAGAUAGUACUGAUAAACUUGUAUCUAUAUUUCUUAUAAAUACUAAAAAGCAUAUUUAUCAAUUUUCAAUUAAAAAAAGACCAUAUAUGAAGUUUUCCUUACAAGAUUGUUCUGACAGCCUUUAUCAAAUUCAACCAAACCCAAAAUCCCUUGCCAAAAGAAAUCAUAUUCAGGAUUAGAUUUUGUUGAUUAUAAAGUUUAUGUCCAAAAUUCUAAUUAAAUAUAGCCUGUUUUUCUGGCUUUUCUAAUGCUACCAAGGACCCAUAUUUCAUGAUACCUUUUGGCCCAAAUAUUAUUUAACUCCUUUUGAAAAAACUGUCAAGCAGUUGAUAAUAUUCACACAAUCAUCUAUUAUUGAUAUUAGAAUGCCAUCAGUGAUAACUAACUGGUAGUGAUGAGAACUGAUCAUCAUAUUCUAAUUUUGAAAAGUGGUACAGAUAGCUGUGUUUAAAACUAAAAGAUUAUUGUGAUAUUUGUUGAAAAUUUAGAGAAUAUUUACUUGAUGUUAUAUUGUAUUAUAAUUUGAUAUUUAUUAAUGUUACAUAUGAUGCCAUGACAUUAACUAUGCAGUUUAUGUUUUUGUUGUAUUUUCCAUUAUAUUGUUUUACAAAUAGAUAACAAAUAUACAGUCCUAGGUCUCAUUUGUUAUUGGAUAAAAUAAUGUUGAUAUAAGAACUAUAAGUUAAAGUUAUAAUCAUUUGAAUUUCAUUUUAAAAUAGUUCAUUGCAAUGCCAAGCAAUGUAGGCCAACAUAUCUAAAUUUCAAUGAAAUUAAAGACACUGUUAAGCCCACAACAAAGGGAUAGUGGAAUUAUAUUUAGUAAAACAUGACCAUUAACAUAUCAUGAUCAUGAACUAUGAAUUGAAUGAUUUUGAUGAGACUUAUCAGAGGUUUUGCCUCAAAAUAGAUGAUCUAAAAUUCCUGCGAUCAUAACGGAAAAACUAUUUAACUAUUUGAAAAUUUCAUUCUUUGUUAAAAUGUAAAUUUAGGCUUGCAUUAUAUUGUACCAAGUGUCAAAACUUGAUAAAUGACAUAUGGGGGUCAAUUGCUUGUAUAAAGAUCAACAUCGCACCACCAGGUUCAAAUUUCAAGAUGUAUUUGUAUAGUUUUUAGUUGAGUCAAUUAAACUGCAUUUCAAGUAUGAUAGAGGAGUGAUUAGAUAUCAACUAUUUAAAGGUUGAUUUUGAGUACUUAGAUACACAUAUUAUAAAUAUAACUUAUAUAAUAUAUUAAGAUCAAAUUGAAUUUUUUGUUCUGCUUCUUUAUAUCUUUUUUUUUUUUGUCUAAAUAAUUAGCAUUCCAUUAUACAACAAUAAUAAUUCUAUUAUAAUUUAUUUCACAGACACCUAAAAAGACCAAUCACAUUAUGAAUUGUUUAUUUAAAUGUUAUGGUUCAGAAUGACCAAUAUUCCCUCCAUUUUGCUUUGUUAUUAAAUUUUAUCUCAGAUAUCUGUUUUUAUCAAAAUAAACUUAUUUAACUAAA